GACUACGGGCACCUCCAGCAGCGCCUGGACAACGUGGAGAAUCUCCUGAAGAACAGAAAUUUCUGGAUCCUGCGGUGGUUCCCGGGGCGAGGUCCCCAAGGUAACGGCAUCUGGCCUGGCCUCGGGAAGCACCAGUGCCACCGCCGUGGCUGUGUACCGGUCACGUUCGAUGACAUUUCAGUGUACUUCAACGAGCAGGAGUGGGAGCGACUGGACCGCUGGCAGAAGGAUCUGUACAGGGCUGUGAUGAGGGGGAACUACGAGACGCUGAUCUCCCUGGACUAUGCUGUGUCCAAGCCUGACAUCCUCUCCCGGAUCGAGAGGGAUGAAGAGCUCUGUGUCCGAGACAGUCAGGAGCCCCUGCAGACACGUGUCCAAGACGGUCAGGAGGCUCCGCAGACUCCAGAAGAGAUGGACCAGAAGGAAGAGGCUCUGGGCAAAGAGAAAGUCCCUGUGGAAGCUGACACAG